ACUAACUCGACUCACUGAUGCCCGCCAAAACACUCCAAAUUCACACCCCGCUUCAAAGUUUGAGAGGUUCGGCACGGCCCUCCUUCAGACUAUUUUAUAUAAACCAGCAGACUCACUCAUACACGCACGUCCGUAUUGGACCAACGUUUGCUCUGAGCAGCUGAUCUGGAGAAGCAACUGCGGAGAAAGAGCGAGGAGCUGUCCAUCUCCCGUCCUGCAUUCUUGGGGGUGGGGUGAGAGCAGGACUUCUGGCCUGUGGUGGUACUUGAUGCUUUAUUUUUAGACACCUCACGACCCUCUACCACGACAGCUGUCCCCUUCCUCCUCCCUUUCACAGAGCAGCAUCAGGAAUAGCGACUGUCCCCGGACCUCAGAAAGUUGGCUGCCGGUUGGCGUGACGCGAGUUCUUUGGUUCUCAAGGCUGGUUUUCUGUCUCGAACUCUCAUACACGUGUAUUUGCACUUUGCUCAGACCUGCUCUAACCGUGGUAAGGGAGUAACUCUUAACAUGAUAAAGGUGCUGCGGGGAUCUCAGCACCAGGAAUCUCCUCUGUUCAGCAUUGUGGGUCUUAUUUACCUGACGUUUGUGACCCCAUAACAUAACUUUGGAGAUCAGCAUCCAUUGUGCCAGCAUCUUGUCUGCUGGUCCUUUCAUCUGUCACUCAUCCUUUCACCCCGCCCUUCCUCAUCCACCCUCAAGCCCGGCCCCUUGACAGCAGCGUAGCCAGCAUGGCAUUCUCAUCACGCUUUUCCUUCUGGGAGCACAAGAUCAAAGAAGAGAACAAGCCCCUCAAGAGUUCAAAAGAGAAUUCUGACAGCGAUGGCAGUCUUAGCAGCCGCUCCCAAUCCGUGCCCAACCUGGAGCCUGGCAUAGGCCUGCUGCGUGCCAAGAGCCCUCAGCUUGUCCGGGAUGCACCUGCACAGGUCCAGAAUCAGACUCAACUCCGUGAGCGGGUAAAGAGCCCUUCGCCCAACAGAAAUAAAGUGGCUUUCAAAAAGAUGUCUGAAGUGCCCAAGAUGCCAGAACGGUUCAAAAGCCCUGAACCCCCUCGAGCUCCCUUGAGUCCUGAACCUGUUUUAAACGGGAAGAGUAAAAUGAAUGGUGCACUCAAUGGCAAUGCCAAGACUUUAAUCAGUGCCAGCCAGCCUGAUGUCACAGAGGAUGGUGGGACCCAAAAGAAGGUAGUGCACAGAGUGAUUAGGAAAGUAAUCCCCUCUGAAGAAGAAACGGCAACAGUCCCCGCUGCCAUGUCCCUGGAACAUCCAAAACUUCUUACAGAACCCCCCAAACCUAAACCGGUCUCUGUUCCAAAAGCUGUGAAGAUGCCAGUGUUCUCAUUCAAACAUGAUACUAUAAAAGAGGAUAAAGAUGAUAUAUCCUCGGGUCUGACCAGCUUGAUGGCUCGAGGCAGGACUAGAGAACCUCGUCCACGAUUUCGCAAGGAGGAGCCUCCUGAAAAAGAGGAUGUGAAACCUGUCUCAGAGAAAGCCAAAGAGAAGGAGAAUACUGGACAAGCAUGUGAUAAAACUGCACUGAAAGUAGAGGUUAGCCAACCUCCAAAACAAGAGGAACAGCCCUCUACUACCUUAAAUCCAUCCAAAUUUCCUCUUAGACCUCCAGCAGGGUUCGUCCCAGCACCCAAACCCAACCCAAUCUCUCCUCCAUUAGGAUUUGUACCUGUGCUGAAAACCUCCAGGGUUGUUUCCCCCCCAAAUCAACAUGUUCCAAAACCUCCCAUAGCUUCCACUCCAACUAUUUCCCCACCUUCAGAUCCUGUUCCAUAUCCCAAAACUGUUAACCCCAGUUCUACACCUGCCAUCCCUAAAGCAGCUGCUACCUCAACUCCAGCUAGAUCCAACACUCUGAGUCCUCCAGUCCCAAAGACGGACCCAUUUGCCCCUCCAACAGGGUUCAUACCCACCCCCAAACAGAUGGUUGUAAAGAAACUGGAGGAGAGUCCUCCACUGAGUCCCACUGAAGAAGCACAGAGACGCUUGGAGAGGAUCUUCGCUUCAUCUCUGGAACCUGUGGCUAGUACCUCUGCAUCGUCUCAGGUACAGGGCCCCUCGGGGGACACGUCUUCCCCCACUGCACCCCUCAAUGGUUUGGCCGGAGUGUGCUCUCGGGUGGCCUGCUGGAUUGGGCAGGCGGAGGAAGAUCCUGUGGCAAUUCUAAUGGCAGACCAUGCUGCUGCCGCUCAUCCUAAGGUGAAGACUGAAGAGCAGAUAGCUGCAGAGCAAGCAUGGUACGGCUCAGAGAAAGUGUGGCUGGUCCACAAGGAUGGAUUCUCUCUUGCUACAGUUGUGAAGACGGAAGUUGGCAGUCUACCAGAGGGGAAAGUGAAGAUCAAACUGGAGCAUGAUGGGACGGUACUGGACGUGGACGAGGAUGAUGUGGAGAAGGCAAACCCACCAUCGUUUGACCGCUGCGAGGACUUGGCGACUCUGCUCUAUCUGAAUGAGUCCAGUGUCAUGCACUCCCUGCGUCAGCGCUAUGGAGGAAACCUCAUCCAUACAUACGCAGGGCCCAACACGGUCAUCAUCAACCCCAUCAGUGCCCCCUCAAUGUACUCUGAGAAGGUGAUGCACAUGUUUAAAGGUUGCCGGAGAGAGGACACGGCCCCUCAUAUAUAUGCAGUGGCCCAGUCCGCCUACAGAAACCUUCUGACCACGCGACAGGACCAGUCCAUCGUGCUGCUGGGGAAGAGCGGCAGCGGCAAAACAACAAACUGCCAACAUCUAGUCCAGUACCUUGUGUCUAUCGCGGGCAGCACGGGGAAGAUCUUCACAGCGGAGAAAUGGCAGGCGGUGUACACAAUCUUAGAGGCUUUUGGAAACAGUGCCACUUCCAUGAACACCAACGCCAGCCGUUUCUCUCAGAUCGUGUCGCUGGAUUUUGACCAAACUGGUCAGGUGGCCUCAGCUUCCAUUCAGACCAUGCUGCUGGAGAAGCUAAGGGUGGUGAAAAGACCAGAGACUGAAUCCACGUUUAAUGUCUUUUACUACAUGAUGGCUGGAGCAGACAGCACUUUAAGAACCGAGUUGCAUUUUAACCACUUUGCAGAGAACAGCGCUUUCGGUAUUGUGUCUCCAUCAAAGUCUGAAGACAAGCAGAAGUCGUCGCAGCAGUUCACUAAACUGCAGGCAGCAAUGAAGGUGCUGGGUAUCUCUUCUGAGGAGCAGAAAGCUCUGUGGCUCAUUCUUGGCGCCAUAUACCAUCUUGGAGCUGCAGGGGCCACCAAGGCAGAAGCUGACGAAGCGGGUCGGAAACAAUUCGCACGUCACGAAUGGGCCCAGAAGGCGGCAUACCUCUUGGGCUGCUCUCUAGAAGAGCUGUCAUCUUCUAUAUUCAAACACCAGCCCAAAGGAACCCUACAGAGGUCCACCUCUUUCCGCCAGGGACCAGAUGAUAUUGGGGCUGGAGAUAACUCAGCACCGAAGAUCACCGCUCUGGAGUGUCUGGAGGCCAUGGCUUCUGGGCUCUACUCUGAACUCUUUACGCUGGUCAUCUCACUUGUCAACCGAGCAUUAAAGUCGAGUCAGCACUCCUUGUGUUCUCUGCUUAUUGUCGACACACCGGGAUUCCAGAACCCAAAGUUAGCCAAGCGGGAGCGUGGUGCCACCUUCGAAGAGCUGUGCCAUAAUUAUGCCCAGGAACGACUCCAAACGCUUUUCCAUGAACGCACCUUUGUACAGGAGCUGGAGCGUUAUAAGGAGGAGAACAUAGAGCUUGCUUUAGAUGACAUAGAGUCCAGUACAUCACUCUCUGUAGCUGCUAUAGACCAAGCCUCAGCUCAAGCAUUGGUACGGACCCUGGCCAGGACAGAUGAGGCGAGGGGGCUGCUGUGGCUUAUGGAGGAGGAAGCUCAACAGCCAGGAGGCUCUGAAGAAACUUUGCUGGAAAGACUGUUCACUUAUUACAGCCCUGUUGAGGGAGACAGCAAAGGCCCCGCCCUGCUGCUGAAGAGCGAGAAGCUGCAUCACUUCCUGUUGGGUCACAGCCACGGCACUGACUGGGUGGAGUACGAUGCUCGAGGCUGGUUGAGCCAUGCCAAACAAAACCCCGCCUCUCAGAAUGCUGCCAUUCUCCUGCAGAACUCUCAGAAGAAGAAUAUCAGUGGAUUGUUUAUGGGCCGUUCAGGUGGGGGCACCGUUUUAUCCGGCUCCAUCGCCGGGCUUGAGGGCGGCUCACAGUUGGCUCUACGGAGGGCCACAAGCAUGAGAAAGACCUUCACCACUGGCGUGGCCGCUGUCAAAAAGAAGUCCCUCUGCAUUCAGAUUAAACUACAAGUGGACGUGCUGAUAGACACAGUAAGGAGGUCCAGGGUGCACUUUGUGCAUUGCCUGUUGCCCAAAGCAGAAGCUCUGACCGGGGAUUUGAAGGUGCUGGGAGGACCGUCACCUCGCUCUGGAGAAACAGACGCUCAUGGGGAGAGCUGUGAGACGGGCCUCAUGCAACUAGACGUUUGCUUGCUCCGGGCACAGCUCCGUGGAUCCAAACUGCUCGAUGCUCUCCGAAUCUAUCGACAAGGUUAUCCUGAUCAUCUGGUCUUCUCCGAGUUUCGCCGUCGCUUUGACGUACUGACCCCCCACCUGACGAAGAAACAUGGGCGGAACUACAUCGUGACAGAUGAGCGACGGGCUGUAGAAGAGCUUCUGGAGUCUCUUGAGUUGGAAAAAAGCAGCUAUCACAUGGGCUUGAGCAGGGUGUUCUUCAGGGCAGGUGUAUUGGCUAAACUGGAGGAGCAGAGAGACAUCCAGACCAGACGCAAUAUCACACUGUUUCAAGCCGCCUGCAGGGGCUAUCUGGCCCGACAAGCCUUUAAGAAGAGAAAGAUACAGGACUUGGCGAUCCGCUGCAUCCAGAAGAACAUUAAGAAGAACCGGGGGGUGAAGGGAUGGCCAUGGUGGAAGGUCUUCACAACUGUCCGUCCUCUCAUUGAGGUGCAGCUCACAGAAGAGCAGAUCCGCGGGAAAGACGAGGAAAUCCAACAGCUCAAGUUAAAGCUGGAGAAAACGGAGAAGGAGAGGAAUGAGUUAAGACUCAAUAGCGACCGACUGGAAAGCAAGAUCACAGAACUGUCCUCCGAGCUCGCCGAUGAGAGAAACACAGGCGAGUCUGCAUCGCAGCUCCUGGAGUCUGAGAGCUCUGAGAGACUGAGGAUAGAGAAAGACAUGAAAGAUCUGCAGGCCAAAUUCGAUGCUACGAAGAAGCAGAUGGAGUCUAUGGAGAUGGAAGUGAUGGAGGCACGACUCAUUCGCGCAUCGGAGCUCAAUGGGGAAAUGGAUGAUGAUGAUACCGGAGGAGAAUGGAGACUGAAGUAUGAGCGAGCCAUCAGAGAGAUUGAGUUCACAAAGAAGAGACUCCAACAAGAGUUUGACGACAAACUAGAGGUGGAACAGCAAAACAAGAGGCAGCUAGAGAGAAAGCUGGCAGACCUACAGGCGGACAAUGAGGAAGUUCAGCGUGUGGCGCAGCAGCUGAAGAAGAAAUGCCAGAAACUGACAGCAGAGCUGCAAGACACCAAACUUCACCUGGAGGGUCAACAGAGCCGCAACCAUGACCUGGAGAAGAAACAACGCAAGUUUGACUCGGAGCAGACCCUGUCGCAGGAGGAGGUGCAGAGAGAGAGGAGCCAGCGGGAGAAACUCAGCAGAGAGAAGGAUAUGCUGACCGGGGAGGUGUUCAGUCUCAGACAGCAACUGGAGGAUAAGGAUCUGGAGAUAUGCGCUGUCAAUCUGAAGCUGGAGCAGAUGGAGGCGGAGCUUCAAGAUCUGAACUCACAGGAGUCGAAGGACGAUGCCUCGUUGGCCAAGGUUAAAAAGCAGCUGCGUGACCUUGAGGCCAAGGUCAAAGACCAGGAGGAGGAGCUUGACGAGCAGGCGGGCACCAUUCAGAUGCUGGAGCAGGCCAAGCUCCGUCUUGAGAUGGAAAUGGAGAGACUGAGACAGACGCACUCAAAGGAGAUUGAGAGCAAGGAUGAAGAAGUGGAGGAGAUCAGGCAGUCCUGCAGCAAGAAGCUCAAGCAGAUGGAGGUGCAGCUGGAGGAGGAGUAUGAAGAAAAGCAGAAGGUCUUGAGAGAGAGGAGAGACCUGGAAGCUAAGCUUAUGAGUGCUAAAGAGCAGGUGAGCCACAGAGAUGUGGAGACAGAGAAGCGUUUGAGAAAGGACCUGAAGCGCACAAAGGCUCUACUGGCUGAUGCCCAGAUCAUGCUGGAUCACCUGAAGAACAACGCUCCCAGCAAAAGAGAGAUCGCCCAGCUCAAAAACCAGCUUGAAGAGUCUGAAUUCACAUGUGCUGCUGCAGUCAAAGCCAGAAAGUCAAUGGAAGUUGAAAUCGAAGACCUCCAUGUGCAAAUGGACGACAUAUCCAAAUCUAAGCAGGCGCUCGAGGAACAGCUAAGCCGCCUUCAGAGAGAGAAGAAUGACCUGCAGUCUCGCAUGGAGGAGGACCAGGAGGACCUGAAUGAACUCAUGAAGAAACACAAAGCAGCUGUUGCCCAGUCCUCACAGAAUCUGGCCCAGAUCAGUGACCUGCAGGCCCAGCUGGAGGAGGCCAUGAAGGAGAAACAGGACGUUCAGGAGAAGCUCACAGCUUUGCAAAGUCAACUGGAGUUCCAAGAGCAGUCCAUGGUGGAGAAGUCUCUGGUCAGCCGGCAGGAGGCCAAGAUCCGUGAGCUAGAGACCAAGCUGGAGUUCGAGAAGACGCAGGUCAAACGCUUGGAGGGUCUGGUAGCAAGGCUAAAGGAGAACCUUGAGAAGUUAACUGAGGAACGAGACCAACGUAGCGCCAGCGAGAACCGGGAGAAGGAGCAGAACAAGCGUCUGCUGAGGCAGAUUCGAGACAUCAAGGAGGAGAUGGCUGAGCUAGCCAAAAAAGAAUCAGAGGCCAGCCGUAAGAAACAUGAGCUGGAUAUGGAUAUUGAGAGUUUGGAAGCAGCCAACCAGAGUCUCCAGGCGGACCUCAAGCUCGCAUUCAAGAGGAUCGGAGACCUCCAGGCCGCUAUAGAGGAUGAGAUGGAAAGUGAUGACAAUGAAGAUCUCAUCAACAGUUUACAAGACAUGGUGACUAAGUAUCAGAAACGAAAGAAUAAAAUCGAUGGCGCCUCCGAUACGGAUUCCGAGGUGGAGGAUCGUGUCGACGGGGUUAAGUCAUGGCUGUCUAAAAACAAGGGCUCUGCCAAGAACCUGUCAGAUGAUGGAAGCUUAAAGAGCUCAAGAUACGCUGUAAAUGACGGACAAGAAGGGAAAGAAUGGGGAGAAGGUAAAGAAUGGAAAGACAGUGUCAAAGGUAAAGAGUUAGAACCUCACAGGCCUGUGUCUGUCAUGAGUUCCCUUAGCUACAGGAAACGCUCCAACUUGAAGGACUCCAUCGGAGGGAAGGGAGAUGAGAAUUCUCUCCUCAACACUCUGAAAGAACAAUCUGACUCGCAGGAUCUCUCUACGUUUCGUAAGAACAAAGCUAAACUAGAAAUUGAGAAUGACAAGCACUCGGUCAGCUCCUGGAGGAAGGCGGGAGAUGAUCUUGAUGAUCGGGGUUCUGUUAUUUCUCAAGCCUACUCUGAAGCUACUAGUCGGGCCAGGAAGGGUAUAGACAGCCGCUGGUCUGAUUUCGAUAAGGAGUCGGUCGUGUCCUCCGUAGCCCCUAGUCGAGUUUCAAACCGUCGCUCUGUUUUGGAUUUGGAUGAUGAUGCUAUUUCAAGCGUGAGUCGUGUUAGUCCAUUGAGUCGGAGACCGAGCAUGCCGCGUCUUGACGACCACCAGAGCGAGUACGGUUCGGCCGUCAGCCCCAGUCUGAGCUGUCGCAGCCCAGGCAGCGUGAGCCGCGCCGACUCCCGCAUGUCCUUGGCACGCAGCUGUCGCCUGAGUGAGUUUGAUGCGGACGAUGACAGCCGCAGCGUAGCUUACAGUGAGGUUCGCUCAAGUGCUUUCAGCCCCCAUUCCUCCUCCGGACGCAGCUUCUCAAUGCCUCCUCAAGCCCGAACCACCGACUCUAGCCCCCCCGAUGUCUCUGAUGUCAAGCCGGUGAGUCACCGCAACUACCUUGACCCUGACCUCGAGGCUGCCAUUAAUGAAGUACUAAGCUUCAAACCCAUCAAGUUCAAGCGAACCAGCUUAGAAGAGUCCGAAGUGGAGAAAGACAAGCAAGCAGAGGACGAGGAUGAGAGGAAAAGUUUAAGCAGCUCCAGGACGGGCAGAGACAGCGGACGUUCCUCCAGCCUGCGUCGAUCUGCAUCAGCCGUAGACUUCAUGCGUUCCAGCAGCAGUCUCAGCACACGUAGCAGUCGCAGCAGGAAGGGAAAGAGCAAGAAGAAGAAGAAGAAGAGUCAUGAUUCGGAUUCGGAUAGCUCGGACGGUUCUGAUGACGGACGAAGGAAGAAGAGCUCCAAGAAGAAGGGCAAGAAGUCCAAGAAGAAAUCCAAGAAAGAAUCUUCGUCCUCAGAGUCCUCAGAGUCCGAGUCCAGCACAGAGUCGGACAGUUCAGGAGCGUCCACGAUUUCUUACAGAAGUUCUAGUAGUAUCAAGAAAGCCCCUGGCAAACGUCAGGAUUCAGAAUCAGACGGAGAGCAAGAGCCCAAAGGCCCAUCUGAAGACGCUCCGCCACCGUCGAAGAAAGAGGAGAAGAAGAGGAGGAAGAAAGUAGACAACUUGAUGAUGAAAUACCUAUACAGACCAGACAGUGACUAAAGAUGGCAGUAGUCCACCCUCCAGCCGUAGACGCUUCUGCCUUGACAGAUCAGACGAUGAAGAGGAAGAAGAAAAAGAGGAAGGGGGCGCGGGCCAAAGCUCCUACCGCUCCCGCUACAAACGCAGCAGCUACCUGAACGACGGC